UUACCAGCAAUCGGCAAAGAUUCUGAAAAACCCUAUCAGCGGAUCAUCGACUGUUUUUCACUGGAGAAAAUUCGAUCAGUCAUCACUGAAAAAGCUUGGAAAUGGUUGCUAAUGGAGGUUCUGCGUUGGAUAGGAAGCAGUUGGUAGCAUCAGCGCUGGCCAAACACUUCGCCUUAGAUCAUGUGACGAAAUGGAUAACAUUUUCAGAUAGCUUUCCUGUAGAUUCUAAGGCAUGCUUUGAGGUUCUUAAACAAUUAAAUGAAGAAUUAGUUCAAAAGUCUGUACUUCUGGGUAAUGGAUUGAAGCCUUCUGAAGCUGAUGUAAUUGUGUUUUCAAUACUACACGCUGCCGUGAUUGGCCUUUCGAAGGCAGAGAAGGAAAAGUUGCCACACGUUUUAAGAUGGAUAGAUUAUAUCCAGAACAAAGAGAAUUUCGAGGAGUUAUUUCAAAAGAUAUUGCUAGAGAAAUCCGAUUUUGAUCCUCCAUUGCAGGGAACCAAAGUUGUUGCUAACAAUGUGGAUGAAAAUUCAAAUGCCAAGAAGUCUUUGCAAAGCACCAAGGUUCCAGAUAAGCCUAAAGUAAACACAGACGCUAAGAAAGCUGAUGCCGGGAAAAAAGAGAAGGAAAAAAAAGAAGCUGCACCGGAAAAGAAAAAACCAGUUGAGACAGAAACAACCGAUAAAGAAAAGGAAGUUAGUGUUAGUUUGUUGAAUAUACGAGUUGGUCUUAUUCGUAAAGCAUGGAAACAUCCAUCUGCUGACAGUUUGCUGGUUGAGGAGAUAGAUGUUGGAGAGCCCAAACUGCGGCAGGUUGUCAGUGGUCUGGCAAAGUACUGUAGUCCAGAGGAGUUGACGAACCGCGGUGUUGUUCUUAUUACUAAUGUAAAACCUGGGAAGCUACGAGAUGUGAUGUCAGAGGGAUUGGUGUUAUGUGCAUCUAAUGAAGAUCACACGGUUGUUGAGCCUCUGCUUCCGCCAGAAGGAGCCAAAAUUGGUGAACAAAUUUCAUUUUCUGGGGUCGACGGAAAGCCAGAAGAUGUUCUUAACCCAAAAAAGAAACAACUGGAGAAGAUAACACCGCAUCUUUUCACCGACGACAAAGGCGUGGCAACGUUCAAAGGAAUUCCGUUCAUGACAUCUUCGGGACCGUGCACCUCAUCCAUCUCCAAGGCAAGUAUCAAAUGAUAGUAACAUGGCAACCCAGAGAAGAGAAGCUCACUGCCAGAAGGAUCCCCUAACACUGUAUGUUAUUACUUGGGCAAACCAAAGAGACUCAGUUUUGAAGAGAUGAGGCAGUGAUUCAUCAAAUACAACUUCACUAUUUCAGGUAAAUGUAUUGUUUUGGUUUUCAUGCUCUUAAAUUUGACUUCAUUUUUUUUUUUAAUUUGAAGUUAUGAUACUUAGAAGUCACAUUCAGCUAUGUUCUUAUGAUGUAAAAGGUUUUGAAUAUGUUCACCUUUUUUUUUUUCAAAAAAGUUUUGUUUCUCA